AUGUUCAUUGGCGGCUUGAAUUGGGAGACUGACGAACACAAAUUGAAAUCCUACUUUUCUCAGUUUGGCGAGGUUAUCGACUACACAAUUAUGAGAGACACCACUUCUGGUAGAUCCAGAGGCUUCGGCUUCUUGACCUUUAAAGAAUCAAGAUCCGUUGACAAAGUCCUAAAAAAUCAACACAUCUUAGAUGGCAAGGUUAUUGACCCCAAAAGAGCCAUUCCCAGAGAAGAACAAGACAAAACUGGUAAAAUCUUUGUUGGUGGUAUUGCCCCAGAAGUCACUCAACAAGAAUUCGACAUCUUCUUCUCUCAAUUUGGUAACGUAAUCGACGCCCAGCUAAUGAUCGAUAAAGACACAAGAAGGUCCAGGGGCUUUGGUUUCGUAACCUACGACUCCCCAAAUGCCGUCGACAAAGUUUGCCAAAAUAAAUUCCUCAAUCUAAAAGGCAGAAACAUGGAAAUCAAAAGAGCUGAACCCAGAGGU